UUCAAUUUUGUCACUUUCGAUCUCAUAGGAGACUUAACCUUUGGGCAGUCCUUUGGUUGUCUAGAAACUGGCGAGUUACAUCCAUGGAUUCAAUGGGUCUUUGGAGGUGUCAAAGAAUCCUGCUUUUUCCAGGCGAUACUACGAGUGCCGGGCAUCCAAAGUCUUCUCAAACCGCUAUUUCAUCUCAAAAACGACAACUGGAAACAGCAGUUCGAGUAUUGUGCUCAAAAGACCAAGGAGAGAAUGGCGAUGAAAACGAAUAGACCUGACAUUAUGACACAUAUUCUCCGAGCAAAUGACGAGAAGGGAUUAACGGAGCAGGAAAUUCUGAAUAACGCGCAGGUAUUGGUAAUUGCUGGCAGCGAAACAACGGCUACGGUGCUCUCUGGAUGCGUUUUUUACUUGACCCGAAAUCUGGACGCCUAUAACAAAGUGACCGCUGAGAUCCGAACCUCCUUCGCGGUAGAAGAUGACAUGAACGCCGAGUCUCUGAGUAAGCUACCGUACUUCAACGCUGUGCUAGAGGAGGCCCUACGAGUUUAUCCACCGCUGUCAGUGACUCUUCCUCGAACCACUCCACCCGGAGGUGAGAUGAUAGCAGGGAAAUUUGUGGCUGGAGGAAUGACUGUAGGAGUCAAUCAUUGGUCUUAUAAUCAAAGCAGCGAAAAUUACAAGGAUCCUGAAUUGUUUACGCCAGAGAGGUGGCUUAGCAAGGAGAACGGUUCUGUAGAACAAUAUGAAAAGUUCGCUGACGAUCAACGGAAACCUUUCAAUCCUUUCUCCUUUGGACCACGCAAUUGCAUAGGGAAAAGUCUGGCUUAUGCCGAGAUGCGUCUUAUCAUGGGAAGGCUGCUGUGGAACUUCGAUAUCGCAUUAGAGCCUGGUUUUGAGAAUUGGGAGAAACAGAAAGUUUACAUCCUUUGGGAGAAGUCCGAACUCAAAGUACGAUUGACCCCUGUUGUUGGAUAUUAG